UGCUCAAGGACACUGAAAUGUAACACAAUCAAAGUGAAUUUAUGGGACGUAUUAUUUUUGAAAUAUCAGAAUCUUGGACAUGAGAUCUUUUAAUACAAAUUAUUUGCAAUAUUUCUGAACAAUUUAUUUCUAUUUGUUUGUUGCUAUCAGCAAAUACGAGGAUAUUUCACUUUAUUCCGAAACUUUUUAUCAAUAUACGUCAGCAUUUUGAUUUGAUGAUGACAUGUUUUUCACUUUCCUUGAAACUCUUGCGCUGCUGUGACAGAAGCGACGCGUGGAAUUUGGCAGAUGAACCAUUUUUAUAUAUGGUAUCAGUAUCUACAUCAAGUUGUUUCCUGCUAAGUAAAGAUGUCAUCCACUGACCAAAAAGAAUAUUUGAAGAAGUAUUUGGGAUCUGGUGGGAAGAAAAAGAAGAAAUUAAAGGUUUCUAAGGGUAAAGGGACUCGGAUUAUCGACGAUGACGUGACGGUGCCGGCGGCGGCGGGUGACGAUGACGACGGGCGGCUGGAGACGGCCGAAGAGGCGCCCCAGGUGGUGUCCGUCACCUCUGACGCCCCGCCGGCCAGCGCCGACAAACGCUGGAAGACGCUGGAGGACUGUGACCUGGAGGAGCUCGAGUCGCAGCGCGAGAUCCUCAAUGAGAGUCUGAAGAUGUUGCAGGAGGAUGAUCCGGCACGGGAUGUGUCCUCGGGGGACGAGGCUCCGCCGAGGAUCGGUCAGCCGCUGCCGUCGGCCGCCAAACCGGCCGCCCGACAGAGACACGACUCGGAGAGCUCAGAGGAUGACUCCGGUGGUGGAGGCGCCAGCUCGGGGAGCGAAAGCAGCUCUGACUCCGACUCGGGUCGGAGGCGCGGCCGGGGCAGACAUGACUCGGACGAGAGCCCUCCCCGUCGACGACCGGCUGGCGGUGCCUCCCCGGACACAUCACCUCCAGAGAAACGACGGCGCCGACGCGCCGGCUCCGACCCGAGUCCCCCGCGACGCCGGCCGGCCGCGGACAUGGAUGGUGCUGACUCAGACGCCAGCCCACCGCGCCGCCGCAAGCCCGCCUCUGACGAAAAACGCCGCAAACGGGAGGAGAGUCCGUCUGGACGCCGUGGUCGCGGGCAGGCAGACUCUGAUGAGAGCCCGCCACGCCGGAGGCCGCGUGCUGGCAGUGCGGACUCGGCGAGCCCACCCCGAUCAUGGCGACGGCCGCAGACUGGCGAGUCGCCGAGACCGGGUGGGCCGCCGACCCAUACCCAGGACGGGAAACGGGCCGGUCUGCAGGAUAUCAAUGCGCUCAAGGAGGAGAAUAGAGCGGCCCGACGACGAGAGCAGAAGGCAAUGGCUGAGAUGGACGAGCACGUAUCUGGUCGCCAUGCGGACACAAAAAUCCGAGGACGAAAGCUGCAAGAAAACAAAGAGAAGGCUGCCAAGAAAGCUGAAGAAGAGCAGAAAGCCAAAGAAAGGAAGAAGAAAUACGAUGCUUGGAGCAAAGGUCUGAAACAGGCGGAGAACCAGCGCGCCCGUCUCCAGGAUCACCUGCACGAGGCCAGUAAGCCUCUGGCCCGGUACGCCGACGACGCCGACCUAGAGGCUGAGCUGCGCCGCCGACAGCGUCAGGAUGACCCUAUGGCGGAGUACAUGCAGCGGAAGAAGGCCAAACAGGAUGGGCCGCUCAAAGAGCGGCCCCGGUACAACAAAUCGGAGCCACCCCCGAACCGGUACUCCAUCUGGCCCGGCUACCGGUGGGAUGGAGUCGAUCGCUCGAACGGCUUCGAAAAACAGCUGUUCCUGCGACGAAACGCCAAGAAAGCCCGAGACAUCGACGCCUACAAGUGGAGUACGGAAGAUAUGUGAGCGACUGUGCAAGAGGUAUCAGUCAUGAAGGUGCGUUGGGCAACGUGGGAUGUCUGUGCGAUUGGGGUUGAGUGUGUGGAUUGGCGUAAAUGUGCGGCAAGUGUUUUUAUUGGCACUCGUGUGUGUUUGGUAUGACUGUUUUAGUUGCGCGGACAGUGAGUCGUCAUGUCUUUAUGUAUGGCACCUCCAAAAAUUUUGCUGUUCUCGGUUGUGCUCACAUAGUUAGACGAUGAGCGCUGAACAGACCCGUUUUUUAGUCGCACGUCCGCUUCAUUGUUAGGAUUUCCUGCGCGCACGCCUGUGUGCAUUUUGACGUCAUGCUGCUACGUGUAGCUGGAGGCGUGUAGCAGACCUCAUGAUAGGUGUACGACACGCUAGAUUAUUGAUGUCCCAUAGCCAUUGUGGGAGAUAAUACAAACUGCAAGUACAACUUGAA